AAAAAGAACACAAUAAAAAAACAUAAAUAGAAAAUAAGUCUAAGCAAUUAUUUUUAAGUAUUAUUCAAAACAAAAAAUUAUAAAAAAAAAUAAUUUUUCAAUUAUCUGCCUUACAUUGGUCGGAAAAAAAAUAAUCACGCGUUGAUAAUUAAUUAACUUACCGCUUGUGCGUAGGAUUUGUAAUGCAUAAAACUUAUUUUUACAUUUGGCCGAUGCGUCACCAGAUUUGUUGAAUUUAAUGCUAUCAUAUUUUAAAAUAUCACGUUCGCACGAUUGAGACCAUAAGACAAGAGCCCAGAGUUGCAUUAUUUCACGAUACGAUUAAAGAAAGUUUUGAUAAAUCAAUAAACCAAUAUUGACAAAUAUAUUUUUAAUAAACUCGUUCGAGGUUAGAUGUGAAUAAACAACGUUACCAUGGAUAAUAGUAAUUAACGUUACGGCAACGGUAACCAAAUAACAAACAAUUGACUAAAUAAAUAGAUAAAUAAAAUCCCAUUAAGCAACGACAAAAAGACAAAAAAUAAAUAAAUAAAAGUAACCAACAAAGUUACGAAUUAAAGAAAAAAAAAAUUAAGAUGCCCAAGAGAGUGAAAUCAUUCGAGGAAUACUCCAGAUCAUACCAAUACAAAAUAUUGCGGAUGAUAAGGGAAGAAGAAUGCGAAAAUAGUAGAAAUAGAGAAGAUCAGUCAGAUGCGGAAACGAGCACAAGAGAGGACUCGGAAAAUAGCGAAACAACAGGAAACGAAUCUUGCGCGUGGAGUUCAUCGAGUGACUCGGAAUGGGCAGAACCAAGUGAUGCAGAGUUCCAGGAGAUUGAAAAUCGAGAUUCAACUAUUCCUGAUCUAUUUUCUGACAGUUACAAUGCAGAAGACAUCUUGGAGCUGUUGAAUGGAAGAAUAUCACCUUCUUUAGAAGAAAAUCAUUCAAAUUCUGAAGACGAUGAUUGGAUUUCUAUUUCUAGUCAUGAGACACUGUUUUCCUGUUAUUCUUCCCAAGCUUCUGAUAGUGGACGAAGCAUAUCUUCUGAGGAAAGCUUAUCGUCUGAAGAAAGUGAUUCUAAUGAUAAUAUUUCUGAAAAACCUCUUUAUCCUGGAGCACCUCUUUCUUUUCACGAAAGUUCACUUGCUAUUCUUCUUUUUACUUUGCGUCAUAAAGUUUCUGAUGCUCUUUUGUCAGAUUUAUUAUCACUUAUAAGUGCCCAUUGCAUUGAGCCCAACCAUUGUUUAAAAACUAAGUAUAAAUUCAAAAAAUACUUUGAUCGUUUGAGAAUCAAUUAUGAUCGUCAUUUUUUCUGUCCCCAGUGUCACUUUUCGUUGCCAUCUGAGUAUGGUAGAUGCCCUAAUUGCGAACACGUUACUACUAAAGAUUCUAGUGCUCCUUAUUUUAUCACUAUGUCUAUCCUUGCUCAGUUAUCAGCAAUGUUUUCACGCAGCGGAUUUUAUGAUUUAUUGAAAUAUCGUUUUACUAGAACCAAAUUAAACAUUAGAAAUAAAGAAGAUAUUUAUGAUGGCAAUGUCUACAGUUCGUUUAUGAAUAUUAAUCAACUUCUCUCUAAAUGUGCGAAUAUUUCAUUUACAUGGAAUACAGAUGGCGUUUCUCCAUUCAAGUCUUCGAAAUUCAAUAUAUGGCCUUUCUUUCUGAGGAUUAACGAGUUACCAUUUUUGGAACGAAUAAAACCUGAAAAUACUAUAUUUGCAGGUUUAUGGUUCGGUUAUGAAAAACCUGAUGCUAACAAAUUCAUGUCUGCAUUCUAUAAUGAGCUCAAAAUCUUGUACGAAGGCUUUCAUUUUAACGUUCCGGGUUUAAAUCUUCCACUGCUUGUACAAGGCUUCAUUAUGUGCGGUACUCUAGAUUUGCCUGCAAAAGCACAAUUUCUAAACAUGUCUCCACAUAUGGCUCGUUACGGAUGUCAAAAAUGUAAAGUUGAAAGUGAAAAGGUCAACCACGUUCAAUCGUAUCGUUACAAGAUACCAUUAAAGAACCGAACUACCGAAGAAACUAUCAAAUACGCGAAAAGUGCGAUAAAUUCAAAUAAACCAGUGAAGGGGGUAAAAGGUCCUACGUUUUUAUCCAAAAUUUGCUAUGACUUUAUUAGAACCACUGCAGUUGAUUCCAUGCAUUGUGUUGACUUAGGCGUCUGCAACAAAUUGUUUUCAUUGUUAUUUGACAAACAAUUUGCGACCCAUAGAGCUUCGAUGUAUCGAUACGUUGACGAGAUCAAUUCAAGAAUUCGAUCUAUUCGGCCGCCGUGUAAUGUACUCAGACUCCCACGAUCAAUAUCUGAUAUAAAGUAUUGGAAAGCACAUGAGUUCCGAGCUUUCCUUUUAUAUUACUCCUUGCCGCUUCUCCAUGAUUUGAUGGAUAAAACUUACUUUGAUCAUUUAAAGUUUUUUGUCUCGGCCGUUUCUCUGUUGCAUCAAGAAAGUAUUUCUGAUCAGAUGAUUACAUUGGCAUCGCGAUUACUCUCUGAAUUCGUAGGAAGAUUUGAAGAUUUAUACGGUCUUAAUCAUAUGACUUGCAAUCUUCACCAUCUGCUCCAUUUACCCAAUGUUGUUCGAGAUUUAGGACCACUUUGGGUGACAUCAUGUUAUCCAUUCGAAGGUUUAAAUGGUCUGUUAAAAAAACUUAUUCAUGGAACCCGGUAUGUUCAGCUUCAAAUCUCUUCUGCUGUAACAAUAUUCAUUAACAUAACUCAAGAAAAAUUCAAAACCUUCUUUCCUGGCUCUCAGAUAGUUUCAUUCUGUGAAAGAUUAGAGCUGAGUGGAAAGAAUAGGCGUAAAUUAAAAAAAAUAUCUGCUAAUACAGUGGACUCUCGAUAACUCGAACCUCAAGGGAAGUGAUAAAAACUUCGAGUUAACGAGUUUUCGACUUAACAAGAUGUUCGAAAUUUGCAAGAAGAUUAGACUAAAAAUUAAGAAAAAAAUUGAUUUCUGUUAUAUGAAGCAUAUUUAUUUUAAAAAAUUAUCAAUUAUUGAGGAAAAAAAUAUUACAUAAAUUCUGUUAUUUUUUUCUGAAGUAAAGAAUUCUCAGAUUUUUUAUCAAUUAAUUUUUCAAGUUUAAAAAGUGAAUCG